CUCUUCUUGAAGAAACCCAGGGCAGUCAUCCCAGAGAAGAGGAAAUGGGGAAUCGUCAUGCCAAAGAGAGAAGCCAUCACCACGGCUUUGAUGCAGACCGAGAUGCCAAAAAGCUGUACAAAGCCUGCAAAGGAAUGGGAACGGAUGAAGCAGCCAUCAUUGAAGUCUUAUCCAGCAGGACAUCGGAGGAGAGGCAACAGAUAAAGCAGAAGUACAAGGAGAAGUAUGGCAAGGACUUAGAGGAGGUGCUUAACAGUGAACUGAGUGGAAACUUCAAGAAGACAGCUUUGGCCCUUCUGGAUCGGCCCAAUGAGUACGCCGCACGGCAGCUGCAGAAAGCUAUGAAGGGCGUAGGCACCGACGAGGCCAUGCUCAUAGAGAUCCUAUGCACACGAAGCAACAAGGAAAUUGUCGCCAUCAAAGAAGCUUACCAAAGGCUAUUUGGCAGGAGCCUUGAAUCUGAUGUCAAAGAAGACACAAGUGGAAACCUGAGAAAGAUUCUGGUGUCCCUGUUACAGGCCAGUCGUGAUGAAGAAGACACUGUGGACAAGGAAUUGGCUGGUCAGGAUGCCAAAGAUUUGUAUGAUGCAGGCGAAGGUCGCUGGGGCACUGACGAACUUGCCUUCAAUGAAGUCCUGGCCAAGAGGAGCUACAAGCAGUUGCGCGCCACCUUUCAAGCUUAUCAGAUUCUCAUUGGCAAAGACAUGGAAGAAACCAUUGAAGAAGAGACAUCGGGAGACUUGAAGAAGGCCUAUUUAACUAUAGUGAGAUGUGCCCAGGACCUUGAGGGCUAUUUUGCUGACCUACUAUACAAGGCCAUGAAGGGUAUGGGGACAGAUGAGGAGACAUUAAUUCGCAUCAUUGUGACCAGAGCAGAGGUGGACCUGCAGGGGAUAAAGGCCAAGUUCCAGGAGAAGUAUCAGAAGUCUCUCUCUGACAUGGUUCACUCAGAUACCUCUGGGGACUUCCGGAAACUGCUGGUAGCUCUCUUGCACUGAUCCAAGCCUGAGGAGAAACCCCCAUAGCAGGAUUCUUCCUCGGAACAAAUCAAAUUUGGAAAUGGGUGAAAACCCUUCACCCCCUGGAUUGUUUAUUCAUGGAUUUAAAAGGAGCCCCAAGGCUAAAUUGUCGAAGUCGGGAGCAGCCUCCUCCAAGGGCUUGAACAGUUCACCUUGAAUGCUGGCUUAGCAGGAACCUGAACUGCCUGCCUUCCAGUCUCCCUUUAGCAUUUGAAGCGAAUGCUUUCUAAGCACAAAUGGAAUCAGCAGUUGGUGGGGGGAAGAACCCGAACAUUUAUAAUAAAAUGUUUAGAAAAUUAUAUGCCUCCCAGAUGUACAGAGCCAAAGCAGAGGUUAAAUGGCUAAUGCGGCGUAAAGACAAGAUUAAACGGUUUGCUCAUUUCCCCUUC